AUGGCAGACAUCUUACCCCAAAAGGAGCAGUGUCCCUACUGUAAGAAACAAUUUAUACGGUUAAAGGCUCAUUUACCUUACUGUAAGAAGGAAAGAGCCAUUCUUCCUUAUAAUUCAGACAUUACUCAUUCCAAGGCAGUUUUGUUCCAAGCCCCUAAAUCAAAGGAGCUACUGACAAAAAGUGUUGGUGAAGAGGCAUGUAAAAAAAGUCAAAGUAAAAGAAGAAACACUAACCUUCCAAAGGGUAGACUACAUGGUGUUGACUUAGAAAUGAGAACUGCUGUGCAGAUGAGUGAAGAUAUAAAGAAGCAAAUGAAAAUUAUCCCUCAAAUGACACUGAAUCCUAUUAGACCAAAAAGGGUUGUGUUUCUGGCUGAGAAUGGGCAUAUGCUCUCUGCAGCAAAAAAAUAUUCCAAAGCAAAAUUCACAAAAUAUUUACCUAAAUCAGGGGAAAAAAAGAGCAAAAAUCCUUCAGAAAUGUUGCGGGGGAGCCCUUGCAAACAGCCUUCUACCAGUGAAGAUAAAAAACAUUUUUCAAGCUUGCUAAAUGAUUUCAGAAUUGAGCAGUCAGGACAGAAAUUGCCGACUGAAACAGUGGACUUGCCUUUCAGUAUUUGUGAAAGUUUUCCAAGUCUCGAUAGGAGGCAGAAUCCAUAUGCAACGUUACAAAGCAAUGAGAAAGUCCCUAAAGCUAAGGACCGCAUUUCAGAAGCUUUACACACUGUCAAUAACUCUGAGACCCAGAGAAAAAUCACAGGAUCAUUCUUCUCAGCCAAUUAUGGAAACUCUUCAUUGUACAAGACACUUCAACCCGGAGGAAUGGAGAACCAGCACAUCAAACACAGAGCAAAGAAAAAAGAGUUUCACUUUGGGUUAGAGGCAGCUGGAAAGGGUAGUUGCAAUAAAGGAUUUGAAGGCAAUAAAUCACCUGAGGUAGAAAUAUCAAAAUCUGAUUACAUGAGAGAUGGCCCCAGGAAACAAAUUAAUAAUGAUUUAGCUGCAGAAAAGACAUCUCACUGUGACAAUCCUGAUUCACCUUUGUCCCCCUCAGGGAAGCUAGCUUAUGACGAGGCUCUUUCUUUGGCAGAUUUAGGUAACCAAAGCCUCUCUACUUUGGUUUUAAAAUAUCUACAAGAAGAGGAAGAUGAGUACAAGGCUUCAGUCACUCCAGCUGAUCCAGUAGAUAAUAAGAAACCAGUAUCUUCCGAGCCUGACCCUGAACCCAAGACUUGGACAACAUACACUGAAUGUCAUCAGCAGCCUUUAAACCCAGCCUGCCAUUGUGCUCCUAAAAACUUGACCAGUGGUCAUGUUGAAGCUACUGGCAGCAAAAGUCUACCUUCGUCUUUGGGGUUAAAGUGGUUUCCAGAAUUCUAUCCUGUGUAUCUACAUCUGGGAGUGUUACCAGGGAGACCUCAGAAGGGGGAUAUUGAGGUCCAGAAACCUCACCACAACUUCCCAGAGGAAGAAAGAUUCACAAAAGCUCCUCUUUUGGAAAGAAGUGUGAUGGAUGUGAACACUGGAAAGCCUCCAUCUUGGUUUACAAUCUCCAAUUUCUCUUUAAUGGGACUGCUGGGAAAAGUAAAAAAAGCCUGGAUUAAAUACCCAAAAUAUAUCAGCUUGAAGAAGGGUAGCGUCGGUGGCAUCACCAUGCUCUUUGCUGGAUACUGGGUCCUUUGCUACAGCUGGAGUUUCAAGCACCUGAAGUUGCAACGUUGGCGCAGGCACCACUGAUCUGGAUACCACGUAUCAUGUCAAGAGUUCUUCUAAUAGACUGGAAGAGAUACAGUGAGAACCACUGCAAUUUAUGUAGAAGCUUAAAAUU